AUGGACCGCAUGGUCAAGCAACAGACUUUGGUUGCGGGAUACAUCAUCCGUAUGUGGGUGAACUUGCAAAAGAUAGGGCAAGCCAAAAUCACGGAAAAUGAGGUCUCCACCCGACUAGCGCGCCUCGAUGAUUAUUGGACGCGGUAUCAGAAUGCGCAUUUCGAGAUCGUGUCCGAUCCUGAGGCUGACAAGACGGCCUACAUGAGGGACGACUGCUUCACUACAACGGAAGAGGCGUAUUUCAGGAUGCGUAGUAAACUUGAUUUACGCGAUCAAUUAAAAAAGGCGGGAAACAUCGAAACCGAAGCGCGGUCAGGGCCGAGCUCCACGGCCGUCGCGCCCGUGCUCAAGCAGAUGCAACUUCCGAAGCUCGAGUUGCCGAAAUUCUCCGGAGAUCAACUCGAGUGGGAGGGAUUUCGAAAUUUAUUUCGGUCGCUCGUUCACGAUGUCACGGGAGUUCCUAAGGUGCAAAAGCUCCAGUACUUAAUGGGAUGCCUGACCGGUGAAGCUGCGGAAGUCGUCGCCGGCGUUCCGUUGACUGACGGUGCUUAUGACGGGGCAUGGCAGGAUUUAAUAAUGCGCUACGAUAAUCAGCGCGUUCUUCUCUGCGUUCACAUGCGCCAUUUGAUCUCUUGCCCGGCCGCCGUCAAAUCGUCGGCUACCGAGAUCAAGCGACUGUUGGGCGUGCUUAACCAGGCCCGGCGAGCGCUCGCCUCGCUAGGGCGCCCAGUGGAGUCAUGGGACGACUGGUUCGUCCACCUGCUUGUUAGCAAGCUGGAUGCCACGACGCGGAUGCACUGGGAGACGUCGCUUCUACAUUCGCGUGAUUUCCCGACGUUUCUGCAGUUACAGGUGUACCUGGAGAACCGAGUGCGCGCUCUGGAGGCCGCAAGAGUGGACGCUCCCCUCCCGCGCGGAGGUCCAGGAGUGAGUGCGAAAUCCCCGGCUAAGCCCACGCGCGUCGCAUGCAACACGGCCGUGACUCCGAAGUCGAAGGCAAAAACGUGCACGCUUUGUCAAGGCACGCACACGUUAACGUUUUGCCCGAAAUACAAGGCGUUGCCAGUCACACAACGCGCGGAACAAGUGAAAAACCUGGGCGCGUGCUUGAAUUGCGUCAAGCCUGGACAUCGAGCGGAUUCUUGUCCGGGCAGCGGUCGCUGCUUGGUAUGUGGUGCGACCCAUCAUACUACCUUGCACGGACUUAAUUUCAGGCAAACCGGAGGCGCCUCCAAGGACCAGACGAGAACCACGGAGGAUCCGGUAGCUGACGCUAACUCCUUGAGUGCAAGGAUAAGCUCGGCCGUCGCUACUAGCGGAAAAACCGUCCUGCUGGCCACGGCUCAGAUCCUGCUUGAGGGACCGUCUGGCCGGCAGCUGACGGUGCGAGCUCUGCUGGAUACUGGAUCAGAGGCUUCCUUCAUAACAAAAAGCGCAGCCCAACUACUGCGCGCAUCACGCCGUCGUGUUCGCGUUGCGGUGAACGGUCUGCAAGGCACGAGAACAGGGGAAGCCGCUAUCGCUGUGGAUCUUACUCUGAGAUCUCGAACGGACGCAACGUUCCACCUCGAGACGGAAGCGUUCGUGCUCCGGCGUCUGACGGAUCUACUUCCCCCUAAGCGCGUUGCUGCACGUCCAUGGCCGCACUUGGCCAACCUUUCGUUGGCCGAUCCGGACUUUGCGACGCCGGCUGCGGUGGACGUUGUACUCAGCGCCGACGUUUAUAGAAGAGUGAUGCGACCUGACAGUCGCCAAGGUUCACCGGACUCUCUUUCGGCACAUCUCUCUGCUUUCGGCUGGGUCCUGUUGGGCGCGGUGGACUUGGAAGGGAAUGCUUCGGUCGCAGCGCAUACGGUGACUGUGCUGCUGACACAACCCACUGAUGAACUGUCGGCGACUCUUAAGCGGCAGUGGGAGCUGGAGGAGGUCGCUGUUCAGCGUCUUCCGACUCCGGACGAGGACCAAGCGGAAGAGCACUUCAAGAACACGCACUCUCGCGACGCGUCUGGCAGAUACGUCGUGCGGUUGCCUAACAGACCGGAUCGGCUCGACCAGCUAGGCGAAUCGCGCUCGGCUGCGCUGUCCAUGCUGCUCGGCUCGGAGCGGCGUCUGGCGAAGAAGCCCGAGCUGCAGAAACGAUACACCGACUUCAUGGUGGAGUAUCUCGCUCUGGAUCAUAUGAAUCCAGUGCCUGUUGACGCUCCUUGUCCGUCGGCAUCUUAUUACUUGUUUCACCACGCCGUCUUUAAAGCGGGAGGUCCCGCGGGAAAGAUACGCGUGGUUUUUAACGCAUCUUUUAAAACAAAUUCUGGCUAUUCGCUGAAUGACUGUCUGUUAGCAGGUCCUCGAUUACAGACCGACUUAUGGGUCAUCCUGACUCGUUGGAGACGGCCCAAGGUCGGAUUUAUGGCCGACAUAAUUAAAAUGUUCCGGCAGAUCCGUGUAAACGAGGCUGACGUAGAUCUGCAGAGGAUUCUCUGGCGUGCCGGUCCUGCGGAGAGUGUCCGAGAGUUCCAGCUCCGAACCGUGACUUAUGGGACGACUUCGGCGCCCUUCCUGGCCAUACGCACGCUGCAGCAGUUGGCUCGGGACGAGGCUGUACGCUUUCCGCUGGGAGCGACUGCACUCUUGCGACACUCUUAUGUCGACGACAUUUUGGCAGGUGGAGACGAUCUGACGGCGACCCAGGAGAUUCAACGCCAGCUAGUGGCGUUGCUACAGGCCGGAGGAUUUGCGCUCGACAAGUGGGCCUCGAAUGCACGGGACCUUCUCCCGCAGGCGUCAUCAGGAAAAGCGCUGCUGCCGGCCUUUGACGCAGUGAGCGCCCUCGGGAUAGUGUGGCAUCCCGACGAGGAUGCGCUAUCGGUCAGGGUGGCGGCAUUAUAG